AUGCCUAUUACUAACACGUAUCGUAAGUAUGAAGGGGAUGGGCUUUUUGGUGUCGUUGCUAAUGACUCGGUCCCUAUCAAGUACAUAAAAGAUAGUGACGGUAAACCUGGUCGAUUUUGCGCCACCGGCACUAAUGCCUCUGUGUCAGUAUGGAAUCUUCGAACAGCUAAUCCAUUUUUGUAUUUUUAUAAUGAAACAGCACAAAGAGCCGUCUCUACACUUGCUAUUAACUAUGAAUCUGGUACUACUACCGGUUUCCUCGGAAUCGGCUACAUGGAUGGAUGGGUUUCUGUGUUUUCAAUUAACACUGGACAGGAAGAGAUUUCAUUUCGUGCUGGUUCUCAUAGAGUCAAUUCUAUUGAUAUUUUCAAUUCAACUGUUGCCUGUGCAGCUGAAUCUGAACUUCAUGUAGUAGAUAUUGUUUCUGGUAGUGGCUUUCGACUUAAAGGUCAUCGCGGUGCAGUCACCUCUGUGAAAAUUAUCCCUUAUAAAGAUAUACUCAUUUCUAGUGGGCGGGAUACUUUUAUCAAGUUUUGGUGCCUUCGUACACAACAUUGUUUCCUGACACUUACUGGCCAUCCUGGGCCUGUUUGGGAUUUCUCGCUCUCGGCGGAUUGCAAAACUCUAAUAACCGGAAGUUCGGAUACCAACCUUCGUCUUUGGAAAAUUAAGUAUAAUGUUAAACAAGACGGUCAAGUAGAAAGUGAUUUGUUGAACAGACCCAAUGUGCAACAGUUGUUUACAGGCAAUCUUGUUGAGUCUGUGCCACUAAAUGAUUUCAAUUCCUUAUUGGAAAUCGAAUUUCGUGGAACGAUAGCACGAAAGUCACAAAAGAGAGUAUUCUCUCUCGCCUUUGAUGCAAGCGGACGUUUCCUCGUAUGUCAAACCUUGGAUAAAAUCCUGGAAAUUUAUGUCCUUUUAUCUGAGGCGGAGAAACAGUCACGUUUGAGAAAGAAAGUAAAAAAGGCUAAGAGAACUGGAUCGAUGGACCCGUCAGAAGUUGAACUAAAAGCAGAAGAUGAAUUUCGUUGUAUCUAUCAAAUUACUCUCCCUACCAAACUCUCAUCUUGUGAUAUUCGGGUUUCGCAUUUUAAUACCAGAAAACCAAAGAACGAAAUAUCAAAAGAGAUUGAAGAAAACGAGAGAUUUUCUAUUUUACAUCUCCUCUGUUCCUACCGUAAUAACCUGGUGGAAGAAUACAGUCUCAGAGUGCCUCAAACUCUCCCAACGCGUCCAGUUGUCGUUAAUGCUGGUCGCAUAGCCCGCCAUCAGGAGGAGGUAGAUGCCGAUCAGAAGUUCACCGAGGCUAAAACAAACUGUGGCCCCGAAUUGCGUUUGACUUCUCGUAUUGCCAACCCGGGUCACCGAUCCUUCCCUCUCGGGUGUCAAAUUACUGAAGAUGGCUGUGGUGUUUUCACUCUGGCCCACGGUGAAGGCAAGCUGUGGAAUCGAUCAAAGCAAUCUUGUCUUGCAACAAUUGACUGGAGUUCCAUAAAAACUGAAGAAUCUGCACAAGACACCGAUCACAGUGAGGAGACUAGGAGGCCGGGGCCUUCGAAAUUGAAUCUAAAAGCAUCGGCUUUUGUUCUUGCGCCUGGAAGCCGACGGGUAGUCAUCGGGUUUGAGUCCGGUUUAAUCUGCCUUUUUGAUCUGGUCUUGAAAAAGUGCACCCAAGUAAUUAGCGAUGCUCACAGCGGAGCAGUGAAGAGCAUAAUUCUUACUGGAGAUAAGAAGGGAAUCAUUUCAGGAGGAUCUGAUUCUAAAGUGGGAUUCUGGGAUUUCGAUUUGAGGAUGGAUGCUAAAGGGGCACCGAACCUUUGCUUGAAACCCCAUCGACCGCUUCAAUCAGUGGCUUCACAAGUAACUUCUUUGGCUGCAACUCCGGAUAACCGAUUAAUAGCUGUUGGUAUGCUUAAUUUCCACGUGGAUAUCUACUACACGGACACUUUUAAGCGAGUACACAGUCUCUAUGGUAUGUCCAGUCCUGUUACCUGCAUGGACAUCUCACAUGACAGUCGUCUUCUUAUAACUGGAGAUGGUGACAAGACAGUUCGCCUGUGGGAGCUACAGUUUGGAAACUGCCUUCGACGCUUCACCCAACAUACCGAUCCGGUUAUGGCGGUGAAGUUCAUGCAUAGCUCAACUCUCGCCUUUUCUGCAGAUCUUGGAGGAAUUAUUCGUGAAUGGGAUAUCAAGAAAAUGCACGAAAUUACAAUAAUCAAGGGUCAUGAGGGAGCAAUCACUGGCUUGGCGACACUAGCCACGCGUCCCGGACUUGGCAAACAGAUGCAAUCAAGCCAGAAAGGUAAACGUCGUCCUCCGCCUCCUAAGCGUAGACGUGUACCAGAUUAUGAAGAAGAGGAGGAUGAUCUCGACGAGGAAGACGAAGACGACGAUUUUGAAGCCGAUGUCUGUGGAGGUGUAUUGGUCUCCACAGGACGAGAUUUCUCUUGUCGGGUGUGGAAAGAAUCGGAGGACUUGGUGGUGAUGGAAGAAGAGGCGGAGAUUGCACGCGAAACAGCAGAAAUUGAAGCUGAGUUGGGAAGAAGUGAGGCAGUGGUUCCUGGUGGAGUGGCACCUGAAGCUGCUGAAAGUGGACCUCUUGGCAGACCUACAGUCACCACUCGAGAUGCUGCUGAUUCCCUUAUGGAAGCGAUCGAUAUCUACACUCAUCAGACGUCCAUUCCUCCUGGUUCAGAACCUCCACAUCCUUUGAUGGCCUACUAUGGAGCACCAAAUGAUCCAGACCGAUUCCUUUUUGCUGUAUUUACUUCCCUUCGACUGCCUAAAAGUGGAGGCAUGUCGGGACUUGAACAUGCACUCGGUAGCGUUCACACUGACCAUGUGACGCGGUUGCUGCCUCGCCUUGCAGUUUGGAUGGAACGAGGAUGGGAUGUGGAGUUGUGUGGAAGAGCUCUAAGGUAUCUGACAACACUGCAUGCUGGUAUGGUGACAGCUGACACGAACUUGACCGGUUCAUUGGCUAAAGCUGUACAGGCUAGAAGGGAACAUCUUGCAGAUACAAGGGAAUAG